CCCGGCACAGACUACACCCAGGGAACAAAGACCAAGCGCCAUGUUGAAGCCAUUACUGCUACUGAGAUCCCUCCUACUCCUGCAGCUACUUCUGCUAGGGCUGGGGCUGAAUACCACAGUCCUCAAGCCCAGUGGUAAUGAAGACACCACAGCUGAUUUCUUCUUGACCUCUGAGACCCCCGGCUCUCUCAGCAUUUCCACUUUGCCCCUCCCAGAGGUUCAGUGCUUUGUGUUCAAUGGCGAGUACAUGAACUGCACUUGGAAUAGCAGCUCUGAGCCCCAGCCUACCAACCUGACUCUGCGAUAUGGGUACAAGAAGUCUGAUAGUUAUGAAGUCCAGGAGUGUGGUCACUAUCUGUUUUCAAAACAGAUCACUUCUGGCUGUUGGCUGCAAGAAAAUCAGAUCCGGCUCUAUGAAACAUUUUUUGUCUGGCUCCAGGACCCACGAGAACCCAGGAGGCAGAUGGAACAGAAGCUAAAACUACAGAAUCUGGUGAUCCCCUGGGCUCCAGAGAAUCUAACACUUCACAACCUGAGUGAAUCCCAGCUAGAACUGACCUGGAAAAACAGAUACCCCCGGGACCACUGUUUGCAGCAUUUGGUGCAGUAUCGGAACGACUGGGAUAGCAGCUGGACUGAACAACAAGUGGAUCACAAACAAAGCUUCUCCCUUCCUAGUGUGGAUGGGCAGAAAUUGUACACAUUCCGGGUUCGGAGCCGCUUUAACCCACUCUGUGGAAGUGCUCAGCAUUGGAGUGAGUGGAGCCACCCGAUCGACUGGGGAAGCAGUACUUCCAAGGAGAAUCCGUGGUUGUUUAUAACAAAAGCUGUGCUUAUUCCUGUCGGCUCCAUGGGAUUGAUUAUUACCCUCUUCUUUGUGUAUUGCUGGCUGGAACGGACAAUGCCUCGAAUUCCCACCCUCAAGAACCUAGAGGAUCUGGUCACUGAAUACCAUGGUAACUUUUCGGCCUGGAGUGGUGUGUCUAAGGGACUGGCUGAGAGUUUGCAACCAGACUACAGUGAACGGCUCUGCCAUGUCAGUGAGGUUCCCCUAAAAGAAGAAGCAGGGGAGGGGCCAGGGGGAUCCUCCUGCAGCCAGCCCUACAGGGCCUCCCCAUGUUACACCCUGAAGUCCAAAACCUGAGCCCCAGUUCCCUGACAGAAGCCCAGCAUCCCAUACCCCUGAGUGGUACUGACUCCCUCUCAUCCACCCUUCUGAUAAAAUGCCCAAUGUGUAUUCCAUCCUGUGUGGCUCAUUUUGGAUUUGGUGCCCUGUAUAACUGCCCCUUCAUUCAGUAUCCCUUACUUGAGAAAUGCCCCUCUGCCCUAUACGUGUUUGUUAUCACCCUCAGGCUGGCCCUUCCUUUUUUACAGGAUUCUUUCUCCCUCUUUCCCUCCCUUGUACUACCUAUCCUUCAAUUGUUCCAGAAUCGAUGAGAAAUAAAGUUUCUGUUCCUAAUCA